AUGACGGCCAGGCUUUCCCGAAGCCUACCACAGGUCAACCGCCGUGUCUUCGCUGGAUUACCUUUCCGCGCGGUACCUCGCGUUGCGAAUGCUAGUGCCCGUGCUGGCUUGGUGGCACAUCGCAUUACCUGGAAGCUCGCGCCUUGGACACAGGCCAAUAUCGCGCGAUAUUCCCAUACAGAUUCUGGCUCAUCGGCCAAACCAAACGCUUCCAUUUUUGACGUUACCCCUUACAGGGGAUCGAGUUAUCACGGAGAAACAUUGGACGAGCCAGGACCUACCAGUUGGUACGGUCCUACUUGUCUCUGCGUCGCUGUCACUUCACUAACCAAAUCAGUGGCUACCUUGAUUGAACCACAAGCUAUCUUGCAUUUUAUCUAA